UUGAAGCUUUUUCACCGCCAUCCAUUGCUCCUCUCUCUCUCUCUCUCUCUCUCUCUCUCUCUCUCUCUCUCUCGGCCGCCAUUGGAGGAGCUACGAGGAGGAGGAGAAGCGACUGUGAAAGGGGGGAUCGAGGGCGGAUGCGAUCGGUGGAGCUGGAAGGAAGAGGAACAUCGGUGACGAUUGGUAGAGCUCGGAGGAGGAAGGGAAGCAUCAGCGUGAACUGGCGGAUUAGAGGUGGUACGAUCGGAGGCUGUCAGUUGGAUGCUUGCAUUAUAGCAUUUUGGAGCUUUUCUCUCUUCAGGCUUCAAUUUCACAAUAGAUUUCUCCAUUAUGGAACAAAAAUGUUGACAAGGCAGUGGAUGUAUAAUCGGAAUCUACUAGGAAGACAAGGAUUGACCAAUGAAUUCAUUCUUGGGGUCGAUGAAUUUAUUCAAUUUGCAAUUAAUCAAGAUGACUCAUAUAAAAACGGCGAAAAUAUUAGGUGUCCUUGUUUCAAGUGCAAAAAUAGGAGAUUCCUUCAUCCAAAUGAUAUCACUUUGCAUUUGUAUCGCCGGUGGUUUAGAGAGUGCUAUUGGAAUUGGACAUGCCAUGGUGAAGAAGUAUUCCCAAUUAGUGAAGAGCUUAAGGAGGUUGAUGAUCAGACUUUAGAUCAUAUAGCACAGGAGGAUGAGCAGAUGACUUGGGAUCAAAGGAUGAUAUAUGAUUGUCUUCGUUCUCAUGUUCCACCAAUGCAUGAAUCUUAUUGUUAUGAUGAAGCUGGUCCAAGUGUGCAACCACCAUUAGAUGAGUCAGUUUUGGGUUUGCAGAGUGAUGAAAUAAGUCAAUUGUCUAACAGAUUUUUUGAUAUAUUAAAAGCUGCUGAUCAACCCCUAUAUGUGGGCUGUGAGAAUCACUCUUAGUUGUCUUUCGU